UCCGCGCUCCUCCCCGCGCCGCCGGCGGUUGUACCUCGGUAGACGGAAGCCGAGGAGGGAACGAGUGAGUCGGGGAGGUCGGAGCAGCGCGAUGGGGGAUUCCAAAGUGAAGGUGGCGUGCGUGUCCGCCCUAUGAACCGGCGAGAGCUCGAUCUGCAUACAAAAUGUGUGGUGGAUGUGGAUGCAAACAAGGUUAUUCUUCAUCCUGUAAACACCAACCUUUCAAAAGGAGAUGCCAGCAGGACCCAGCCGAAGGUGUUUGCUUACGAUCACUGCUUUUGGUCUAUGGAUGAAUCUGUCAAAGAAAAAUAUGCAGGUCAAGAUGUUGUUUUCAAGUGCCUUGGAGAAGGAAUUCUUGAGAAGGCCUUUCAGGGCUAUAAUGCUUGCAUUUUUGCCUAUGGACAAACAGGAUCUGGAAAAUCAUACACAAUGAUGGGUACUGCUGACCAACCUGGAUUAAUCCCUAGACUUUGCAGUGGUCUCUUUGAAAGAGCACAGAAGGAGGAAAAUGAAGAGCAGAGUUUUAAAGUGGAAGUAUCCUACAUGGAGAUAUACAAUGAGAAAGUCAGGGAUCUUCUUGACCCAAAAGGAAGCCGACAGUCAUUAAAAGUUAGAGAACACAGUGUUUAUGGCCCUUAUGUAGAUGGACUAUCCAAACUAGCUGUUGCUAGCUACAAGGACAUCGAGUCCUUGAUGUCUGAGGGCAACAAGUCUCGCACGGUGGCUGCAACCAACAUGAACGAGGAGAGCAGUCGGUCCCACGCAGUCUUCAAGAUUAUCCUCACCCACACACUCUAUGAUGUGCAAUCAGGGACAUCAGGUGAGAAGGUGGGCAAGCUGAGUCUGGUGGAUUUAGCAGGUAGUGAAAGAGCAACUAAGACUGGUGCUGCAGGAGACAGGCUGAAAGAAGGGAGCAACAUUAACAAAUCCCUUACAACUCUUGGACUGGUUAUUUCUGCCUUGGCAGAUCAGGCUGCUGGCAAGAACAAGAAUAAAUUUGUUCCUUAUCGUGAUUCUGUGCUCACUUGGUUACUUAAAGACAGCCUUGGUGGCAACAGCAAGACUGCCAUGGUAGCAACAGUAAGCCCAGCAGCAGACAACUACGAUGAGACCCUUUCGACACUCAGGUACGCAGACCGGGCCAAGAAUAUCGUUAAUCACGCCGUGGUGAAUGAAGACCCCAAUGCUCGCAUUAUUCGGGAGCUGCGUGAGGAGGUGGAGAAGCUGCGAGAACAGCUCACAAAAGCAGAGGCUAUGAAAUCACCAGAAUUAAAAGAACGACUGGAGGAGUCAGAAAAGUUGAUUCAGGAAAUGACUGUGACUUGGGAAGAAAAGUUAAGAAAAACUGAAGAGAUUGCACAGGAGCGUCAGAAACAGUUGGAAAGCCUUGGCAUAUCGCUUCAAUCUUCUGGAAUAAAAGUUGGGGAUAACAAGUGCUUCCUGGUUAAUUUGAAUGCAGACCCAGCUCUCAAUGAACUCCUGGUCUACUACUUAAAGGAGCACACAUUAAUAGGAUCGGACAACUCUCAAGAUAUCCAGCUAUGUGGAAUGGGAAUUCUUCCUGAACACUGCAUCAUAGACAUCACCCCAGAAGGGCAGGUUAUGUUAACACCUCAAAAAAACACAAGAACAUUUGUGAAUGGUUCUGCUGUUACGGGUCCUAUCCAGCUACAUCAUGGAGACAGAAUACUAUGGGGAAACAACCACUUUUUCAGGCUGAAUUUGCCAAAGAAGAAAAAGAAAGCAGAUCAUGAGGAUGAGGAGCGAGAGAACUCUAUGAAGUGCAGUAAUAGCGUUGAGCAGCUGGAUGUAGAUGGAGACAAUUCUAGUGAAGUGUCCAGUGAGAUUAACUUCAGCUAUGAAUACGCCCAGAUGGAAGUCACUAUGAAGGCACUUGGUAGUAAUGAUCCUAUGCAGUCCAUCUUGCAAAGCCUGGAGCAGCAGCACGAAGAGGAGAAGAGAUCUGCACUUGAACGGCAGAGACUUAUGUAUGAGCAUGAACUGGAACAGUUACGAAGGCGAUUGUCUCCAGAGAAGCAGCAUUUCCGCAGCAUGGACAGGUUCUCCUUUCAUUCUCCCAGUGCUCAACAGCGUUUACGGCAGUGGGCAGAGGAGAGAGAAGAAAUGUUGACCCACAGCCUGAGAAAGCUGCGAGAACAAAUUGUUAAAGCCAAUUUGUAUGUGAGAGAAGCCAAUUUUAUUGGAGAAGAAUUGGACAAGAGGACAGAGUAUAAAGUCACCCUCCAGAUCCCAGCUUCAAGCCUUAAUGCCAACAGUAAGAGAGGUGCAAUUCUCAGCGAGCCUGCUAUUCAGGUGAGAAGGAAAGGGAAAGGCAAACAGAUCUGGUCACUGGAAAAGCUGGAGAAUCGAUUAGUAGACAUGAGGGAUCUUUACCAGGAGUGGAAAGACUGUGAGGAAGACAACCCUGUGAUGAGAGCUUACUUCAGACGAGCUGAUCCAUUCUACGAUGAGCAGGAGAACCACAGCCUUAUCGGAGUAGCCAAUGUCUUUCUUGAGUGCCUGUUCUAUGAUGUGAAGCUACAAUAUGCUGUGCCAAUCAUCAAUCAGAAGGGAGAGGUAUCUGGUCGUCUCCACGUUGAAGUUGUUCGAGUGAGCGGAGAGAUAGACGAAAGGCUGGUUGGUGGUGAGGAUAGUCCUGAUAGUCUCAAUGAAAAUGACACUCAGGAGAGAAAACUUGUCUGCAGGAUUAAAAUACUCCAGGCAACAGGUUUGCCACAGCACCUCUCCAACUUUGUGUUCUGCAAUUAUACAUUCUGGGAUCAGCUGGAUCCAGUUAAUGUUGCACCUGAAGUGGAUCCUUCUUUAUCCCCCAUCAGCAAGGAGCCACGGUGCAUGGUUGUCUUUGAUCAUUGCAACGAGUUUUCUGUAAAUAUUUCUGAAGACUUCAUGGAACAUCUCUAUGAUGGUGCUCUGGCAAUUGAAGUAUAUGGGCACAAGCAGAGUGGGGACCGCAAAAAUCCAACCCUGUGGGAUUUGGGAAUCAUUCAGGCCAAAACACGGAGCCUUCGAGACCGGUGGAGUGAAGUAACCCGAAAAGUAGAGCUCUGGGUUCAAAUUCUAGAGCUGAAUGAGAAUGGGGAAUACUGCCCCGUUGAGGUGACUCCUGCCAAGGAUGUUUGCACUGGAGGCAUCUUUCAGCUCAGACAGGGGCAAUCUCGAAGAAUUCAGGUUGAAGUCAGAUCUGUGCAGGAAUCUGGGACCUUGCCACUGAUGGAGGAGUCAAUACUAUCUGUUGGAAUUGGCUGUGUGCAAAUAAAACAUGCUAAGUCACAAAAAGCACCUGAAAUUUAUCAGGAAGAAGAGGAUGAAAUGGACAGUUACCAGGAUAGGGAUCUGGAGAGGCUCCGUCGGAAGUGGCUGUGUGCCUUAACGAAGCGUCAGGAAUACCUUGAUCAGCAAUUGCAGAAACUUGUUGGGAAGCCUGAUAAAACAGAGGAUGAUGCUGAUCGGGAGGCACAGCUUCUGGAGAUGAGGCUAACGCUCACUGAAGAAAGGAACGCUGUAAUGGUGCCUUCUGCAGGCAGUGGGAUCCCUGGAGCUCCAGCAGAGUGGACUCCCGUGCCUGGUAUGGAAACUCACAUUCCUGUUAUUUUCCUUGACUUGAAUGCUGAUGACUUCAGCUCCCAAGAUAACCUUGAUGACCCAGAAGCAGGUGGGUGGGAUGCGACUCUUGUUGCUGAAGAAGAGGAGGAAUUCUUUGAACUGCAGAUUGUAAAACAUCAUGAUAAUGAGGUGAAAGUAGAAGCCUCCUGGGAUUCCACAGUCCACGACUGCAUCCAACUCAGUAAAGGAACAGCAGCAGAUGAAAGAGUCUACCUUAUUGUGAGAGCCACUGUGCAGCUCAGCCAUCCUGCAGAGAUGCAGUUGGUGUUGCGCAAACGCAUCUGCGUCAAUGUUUAUGGCAGACAGGGCUUUGCACAAAGCUUCCUCCGAAGAAUGUCGCACCGAAGUUCCAUUCCUGGCUGUGGUGUCACUUUUGAGAUAGUCUCAAAUAUUCCAGAGGAUGCCCAAGGAGCUGAAGAGCGGGAAGCACUGGCCAGAAUGGCAGCAAAUGUUGAAGACGCAGCUUCAGCUGACUCUGAAGCCUAUAUAGAGAAGUACUUGCGAAGUGUGCUGGCUGUGGAGAACAUUCUCACCUUGGAUCGUCUGCGCCAGGAAGUUGCAGUCAAAGAGCAGCUAAUGGGAAAAGGAAAACUCUACCGGAGGAGCCUGAGCUCUCCCAAUGUGAAUCGGCUUUCUGCAAGCCGCCAAGAUUUAGCUCCUCCUUAUAACCUGAGCAGUAAUCGGAGUCCAAAGGUCCCAGCAGAGGGCCGAUGGGAAAGUCAGCAAGAUAUAUCCCAAGGUGUCACAAACUCCAGUAGGGGCAUUAGUCCAACUCGAUCCUCUUUGCCAGGCCCUGGGCAGCAGAACCACUCCCCUGAUGCAGGUCUGGGUAGCCUUGCUGCUUCCUACCUGAAUCCUGUCAAGUCAUUCGUGCCUCAGAUGCCAAAGCUGCUCAAGUCUCUCUUUCCUGUUAGAGAUGAGAAGAAGGGCAGGCAGACCUCACCUCUUGUACAGCAGAAACCCAGACUUGUGACACGGGGAGAGGACAGCUCUCAAUUUGUUCUUUCACCUUCUGGUACAGACAUGGCUGUCCCACGGAUCAUGGUUCAGUCUGCCAGUCUUGAUGCCAGUGCUGCAAAGAUAAAGCAGCUGAACCAAGAGGCAGCAGGGAAACGACCAUUUGAAGCUGCUUUACGGAUGUCAGAGGUGGAAAAGAGUCCUGAAAAGAUGCCCAAAGUGCCUUUGCAGCAGCCCACAGGAGAUGCCCAGGCACAGGACUCCCAGGAAGGGCCUCCAAGUCCUCUGAGCGAAGCCUCCAGCGGGUACUUUUCCCACAGUGUAUCAACAGCCACCCUCUCUGAAGCCCUCGCAGCAGGAAGUGAUGCUGUGGUUCAGCCAGGGGGACAGACACCUGCCCUAGGUGACUUCCCAGCUCCUACUGUGGCUCAGGGAUCUUUGGACACGCCAGGGCACUCAGACAGUCCUUCAGAAAGCUGUCUCAACAAUAAAGGGGAGAAUCUACCCAUCCCCAGCCUUCCAAGUGCUCACACAAGAUCAAAAGACAGCAGUGAAGUGAAUGGGAGUGAUGCUUUAAAAUCAAAAUCUUCUGCAUCUCCUGUGACUUACAGUGAGCAGGCAAAUGAUGCCUCUGUAGCUACUGAUGCAAAAACCUUUAUUUCUACCUCUGCUCUAAGGAUGGAGUCGUCUAAACAAUCAAUGGAGUCAGAAGGACAGGCUGCCAGGAGAAAGGAAACAACUUCUGGGGCUUAUGAACUGGGGGUUCCCAAACCACAGGUUCAGGACAACAAAUUGCCCCAGCCCAGCGUUGCCGCCUCCCCCUUCAAAAUCCAGAAAGUCAAGACUUCAGAGCUCAAGUCCUUUACCAGCAUGUUGGGGACUGAUCCUUCGUGUUCUGUAAACACAGAAGAGGAGCAGCAAGAAGGAGAAAAGAGCACAUCUGCAGCCCAUGGACUGAGCCAUAAUGGGUCAGAGAUGGCAGAAGAGAAACUGGAAGUAGUUUCUGACUCUGAAGAUGCCAAUGAAGUUCCCGAGUGGCUGAAAGAGGGAGAAUAUGUCACUGUUGGCACAAACAAAACAGGCAUCGUUAGAUACGUUGGGCCCACAGAUUUCCAAGAGGGAACAUGGGUUGGUGUUGAAUUGGAUUUACCUUCAGGGAAGAAUGACGGCUCCAUUGGAGGAAAGCAGUACUUCAGGUGCAACCCAGGCUACGGAUUGCUUGUGAAACCAGGCAGAGUUAAAAAGGCCGUAGGACCAGCGAGGCGACGGAGCACCGGAGUGAGGUUGCAGGGAGCGGCAUCCAACGAGAACAGGAGGAGCGGCAACUUCUCUGCUUCAGCAUCCAGCCUGGCUUCACUCACAGCCCUGGCUGCCAAGUCAGAAGGAGGACCCACAAUUCGCAUGGAGAAGAGCCAGAAAAACGCAGAGAACAGGAAAUCCUGGGCGAGCUGAGAGAACGGCCUGCUGCAAAACAGCCCUGCGGCUGCGGACCCAUCUUUUAGCCUCGGGUGGCUAAAAGCAGCCCCAUGAACUUGUGGUUUGUGGCAAACACUAAUGAAGGGUUUUUUCUCUGCUUUGGGUGACUGGCAUGAUCAUUCCUUGCCUUGUUGUGGUGCUGGGUCUGCAGCCAUAGUUUCCUGUUACCUGUUGUGAUGCUGAGGUGUAGGGGUGACUGUGAGCUCUGCUCUCCUCCACCUCCCAGAGGAGAUGUGAGUUGUUCAAAUUAAGGCAUGACUUCCAGUGGUUACAAAGCCCCAUGCACACCUCAGUGCUUCUCUGAGCUCAGGUCCCCAAAAGAACCAAUUUUGUGUAAUUUUGUGAGAGCUUUAUCAUGUUUAUCAUGGUGAAAGGGCAAGAUAAUGAUCGCAGAUGGGAAGACAGCGAACAUAAAACCUAAUCUGGAAAUGGGGAAACCCUCAAAACUUGUUUCAUUUAAAAAAACAGCAGCCCUCUGGUUGUGUGGCCCAGCAUCAGUGCUUGGUUUGGUUUCUUUUCCGUUGUCCUUCUGUGUAAAUCAGCACAAACUUUAAUGCUGAUGGGAAUGAGAGCAGGCCCAUGACCUGCUCUGUUAUAUUUUUGAUCCCUUCUUUUUACAGGAAAGGGAGGGAGUCAAACACAUUUUCCAUCUCUGAUCCAUUUAAUGUGUGCUCUCACCAUGCUGUGCUCCUCUCAUUCACAAGACCUUCCCAUUUGCUCUGUUUUUUGGGUUAGGAGAAUUUCGGCAGAGAUGGCGCUGAAAUGCUCCCAUGUCCACAGCCCUUUGUUGGGUCUUGCCUGCUGCUCGAUGCAGCAUCUUGCCCAGCCUUUGGGUCUUCACCCAACCUGUGAGUUUUCAUGUAGCCUUUGGAUUUUCACCCAGCCUUUGGGACUUUGCUCAACCUUUUUGUCUUCACCCAACCUUUGUGUCUUCACCCAGCCUUUUUGUCUUCACUCAACCUUUGGGUUUCCGCCCAGCCUUUGGUUUUCACCCAGCUUUUCGAAGCAGAGGCUUGCUGCUCUUGUGACAGGAUUAAUCCAGUCUAUUUAUUUGUAUUUAUUGUGUUGAACUGAGCAAAGGUUGCGCUUUACAAUCAUCCACCACCCAGCAUUGCACUGAGGAGCGCAGUGCUGAGAGAGGCCCAGCUCAGUGACAUGGAAAUAAACCCAUGAAAGAGUCUUCCCCAAACCAACCCCACCCAGAGGAGAAGGGUUGGCCUGGCUUUUAUCAAACUUGAUUUUAUUUUUGGUAAAUCUUACUAGUUUUUAACACCCUGUGGCACAGAUUUCAUACCUGUAUAUACUUGUGCACAUAUCUACGUACACUCAUUUUUCUAACAAAGGCCACAGGCUUUUAUAUUUUGAGCUGUUUAUAUCUUGUUUAAGGAAUCAGGGGGGGGAUUGGACAGCUUGAGCAAUAGAGGUUUUAUCUACUUGGGGAAUAUUUGGGGUGCUGAAUUAGUGAUUAAACUUUAAUACGUAUCCAGUCUCUGUCCGUGCUGCACGUGGGUAUCAAAGUGCCUUAGCCAUCUGGUUCAGAGGUCCAAGGGAGAGAUACAUUGUCAUCAGAGGAGACAGGGAUGCUUAGUGAAGGAGAUAAUUAUGCUGAUUUACUGUAAUUAAUAUCGUUUAUGCAGAAGGAAUAAAAUUAAAAUAGAAACUAAUCUGUAGCUGAAAUAAGUGGGAUGGGUUGCAGUGCAGCGUGCAUAGUACGGCCAGGGAUUUGUAUCUCCUCUCAGCUUCUGUUAGUUUCACUCCUUCCUGGAGUUUUGUAAAGAAAUCCUAAUAUGAAAUGUUUAUAGCACCUUUUAAAGGCGUUUCUACCAUACAGUUUUUUCUCCUUUUCCUUUGCACGAAGUUCCCGUCUAUGCAAGCCGAGGUGAUGGGAGGAACUCAGUAAUGAGGAGUACAGAUGCUCAAAUUCCUGGUUUUAAUUGGUAAGGUCCAUGCAACCAAAUGGCAUUUUGCUUUGGGGCGUGAUGAACCUGGCAGAUAGACAGACAAACGGCCCGCUGCUUCGUGUGACGCCUCUCACACCGCCCUGCCUGCCUUCUGAAAUCCACUUGUGAUGUUUUCCUGGCCGCACUCUGCUCCGAUGCGCUACACAGAGGUAGCCCACGGGAGGCAGCCCCAGCCUACGGGUGUUUGUAGUCUCAGCAUUUCAUUGCAGGAGUUCUCAGGGUUACCUUCACAGCGUGCUGGUGUUUGGUGUCCCCUCUGGGGGGAUACAAAGGGAAGAAGCUGUCUGGGUCCUCCCACACCCCAUUGCUCCGCUGAGGACUGCACAUCUCCAGGGUGGAUAGGAAGCAGUAAAGGUGCAGGAGUGACAGGGUGCAGCCCAAGCAGCUGGGCAGUCUUAAAUAUGGCUGUGGUUGGGGUGUCUGCAAACACUGGUGUGUGAUAAGGGGGGUAGAGCUGCUCUGGUAGGAGCACCACAUUGACUAUGGCAGAGGGAGGAUUCUUCUCUUUUGCUCUGUACUUUCUUUCUGAGCUUUGAAUGAAACCUCCUCACGUUAAUUCCACCUGCCCCCAAAAACCUGCCCCAUGGGUCAGGUCCACAAAGCCAGGCACAUCCACAUGGGGCCAUGAGGACUCUCCUGGAGGACUUCUUCAUCUCCUUCCUGCUCGCCCCAACUUCCUGCCCUCUCCUCCUGCUGGAGUCCCAAAUCCAAGUUUGGGCACAGUGAGCGCUCAUCUCUGCUCAGAGCAGCAGAUAACCAGAGAACGGCCUUUUAAACCACAAGAAGAGGAAUUUGGUUUUAUUUUUUUAACUGACAAUUAGCAUUAGAAUAACUCUACCCUCAGCAUAAAGGAGGAGGUGCUCUUAACUGGAAUAGCCCAGCGGCUGAGGCUGGCACGUUAAUAGCUAUGCAUAUUUCCCAAGGUUUUUCAUGCACUUUAUAUACAGGGAGGGAGAAUAUUUUAAAGCAGGAUCUGUGAUUCGUUGUGAUUCGAGUUUCUCAUCUGCUGUGUUUGCUCAGUUCUGUGAGCUCAUAUGGAAUCUGGGAGCAGAGCUGUGUGUGGGUCUGAGAUGCAGCAGUGGGAUUGAGGCACACGGUGGCAUUUGCUGCAGGCAGCCCAGGUUGUGCUUUGGGAAGGAUGUACUGUGAGUUUUCUCCAGCCAAGCCAAGACUUUGUACUGUAUGGUGCUCCUGACUCUCCUGGUGUUCUGAUCUUGUCCCAGGUAAUACCUGCUCAGUUGAAGGGCCUUGGCUCUUUGCUUGUCAGCAGUGUACUUUAGUUGAGGAAGAUAGAAAUGAUUCCUGCAUGGCAAUAUUGCCCAUAUCCUUAAGAAAGAAUCAUAGAAUCAUAGAAGGCUUUGCCCUGUGUCUCUUCCCCUGCUGCUCAGCCUCAGAGGCUCAGCAUCACUGUGCUCUGCUACAAGCUGAGAACCCCACCUCGUUCUGUCUCACUGGUCAUCAAAACCCAAACCCAUCCAAAACCAUCCCGGGCGUCACAAAGCCCUGCUCACACCGCCAGGGAGCUGUCCAAGAGUCCUUCCUGUCCUGACACGCGUGUUGUCCUUACUCUGGUACUGGCAGUUCUUUGCACAACAGGUUCAGUGUUUGCAGUGCCUUAUCCCUGGGUCAGCAAGUAAUAAAACAACAUGGUGGGCUCAGCCUGACCUGGAGUCUGCGUAGCUUGUAGGAAGUGAUGCUACACCAAGGCGCAGACGAGUUAUGCUCCCCUCGAGCAGGAGUCGCAGUCAGUGUUGCGCUCCUACAUCCCCUUCAGCCCUCCCUGCUUUGGGUUCUCGCUCUGUGCCCUCCUGGCAGUUCUCACCUACAGGGCACCGGGGGUUUCCCUUUUCCACCCCCACUAACGCCCGUCGUGUCUUGGGAGCCUCUCCCAGCUCAUCUUUCUGUUGAUUUCUUUUGUAAAUGUAGUGGCUGUGUAUAUAAGGAGUGGCUAUUUACCCUGCGGUGUCGUUACGUGUUGAUUGGUGUACUUUAAAUGAGCUAAAAUCCAAAGACACUUUGUAAUGAGCUGUAAAGUUUUUAAUUAUUUCUGUACAAUACUAAAUUGUAAUAUUGUGUUAUAUAUGCAAUGCAGCCUGCAGUACCUAAAUAAACCUCUUCUUUGGAACCUAUAA